AAAUGAUUGUGGAAAAAGAAAGAAAAAGAUUAAGAAAUACUCUGAACCUCAAGUGGAUUUACACACUUAGAAAAAGCCAAAUUUGUUAGCCCCUCUCUCUACGUUUUCAUGCACAUUUUCAAAAUUGUAUCUAUAUCUUCCUUGCAGUAUUUUAUGCGAUAUCGCGCAUAUGGCAGUAGGUUUGUGACACAGCCGGUCUUUUUUGUCAUGAUAGUUCAUUACUGCGAUUAGGGUGAUCAGACGCAGUUGGACACAGUGUUGCGCAGCUUACUUGCCCUCUCAGCACCCCACAGUUUCUCUUCCUUUGUCGUUUUGUGUUUUGAAGUGUUUGCAGAUCUGGGAUACUGACUAAAGAAACGGAAAGUGUAGUGAAGCUGCUGUUAGACUGGAGAACAGAGAGACGCAUCUCGGUCCUCCGCUUGGCUACAGAAGAUCAACGCGGAUAAACGUGCUUGAGGAUGGAGGAGGAUGCGCAAGUCAAGUCGUCAGUGGCUCAGCUGGCUGGAAAACUCAAAGGUCAUGCACUGCCAAUGCCAGGACUGGAGGUGAAAUCUAUGAGAACCCCAUGUUCUCUGGUGAUAAACAACCAAAAAGAUGAAGAACAUGAAGAGAUGGUGUCCAUUUGUCCUCAUCCUCCUAAAUUGAAGAUAAAGAGUUCACCCCUCAUUGAAAAACUACAGGCCAAUCUUGCUCUCUCUCCAACUGUCCUGCUCUCCCCACCCAAAAGUCCAGAGUCCAAACAGACGUCCACAGCCUGCAGUCCCAUCAGCCCCUGCAGCUCCCUGAGCUCCACCCUGCAGCCCACUCAGCUCUCCUGUGAAGAUGAGGCACCAGUUAGCUUCGAGCAGCCGUUUGAGGGUACUCCACUGCCAAGCAUCAACAAGAGUCGGGCUAGGCUGUCUUUUAAGCGACGGCUGCCCACACGACAACACAGAAAGUCAGCAUGUGAGGAGACAAAAUGGAACGAUGAUUCUCCAUGUGAACCAGAUAGUCAACAGCAGAAUGGAGAUGAAGGGGAAUUGUAUAAUGGGCCUUCACAGGAGGACACUGAGGAUAAAACAGACUAUGUUCAACCCACCAAUGGCCUUCAACAGGAAAAAGACAGGACAGAGCACUUAGAUGCAACCCAAGAAAAUGAGGGGACCGAAGUAACCCAUGUAGGAAGUAAGGAAGAAGUAACUGAGGGAGGGUAUGAACCUUCUGACUCUAAACAAGCUCAAGAAGAAGAGAAGGAAGAGACAAGAGAGGACAGGACAGAAGUGAAAGAGGACAAGGAAGUUCUGGAUGAAGAGAACAACCCAGAAUAGAAAUAACAGGGUAAUGGUCUUGAAAAGAAAAAUUAGCUUUUUUUUAUAACUUUUUAUAACUUUUUAUAACUUUUUUUUUUUUUUACACAACAUAAGGCAUUGAUUUAGCAACCCAGAAUAAUAAUAAUGUUAUUGCCAAUAACCGUUGACUUAAUGGUGUUUCUAACAAAAUUUCAAAUGGAAUCGCUGAGAAUAGACUCCAGAAUAGAUGAAAAGUUAAAUUGUCUAAAUGACAGAAUUGAAUUUUUUUUCUCAUUUAGGACUGUGGAUUUGUGGACAUAUUGUCAGAAAGUAAAUAUUACACAAAGGGUUAGAUGUUAUCAGCACUCUCGUGGCAAUUUGUUGCAAUUUUAUGUUUUAGAGUACUGGUGGUGAAUUUGUAUAAUCUCAUUUGUAUGUUUUUGUAAAAUCUGCUUGCACCCCACUGCUGGUUAGGUUUAGAGGUGGACCUUUAAAAAAAAUCAUACAUUUUUGUACAAAUGAAAAACUGUACAAAUUUGCCUCCAACUGCAAAAAUGUGUAUAUUUUCUCAAGAGAUCAGGUGGGAUCUUGAAGCCAUAAUAUAUCAAACCCUGAGUUUCUAUUCAAACUCUCUAGAGUAUGUCUGGGUUAUUCAUAUUCCUUGAUUAUCUUGCUGGCUUUUUCUUUUAAAUAAACUUAGAUUUUUAUUUUCUGUUCAGAGAACAGAAACACUUUCACCUUUGGAGAGCAUUCUUCAUUUUGAAAGUACAUUUCCAGCAUUCACCCUGUUUGAAUAUCCAUGUGAUUCAGUUAACAAAGUGACAAAUAUCACUGAAAUAGGUGUAGUUUUACCGACUGUUGGUUAAUUUGAAAUAUCUGACAUGCCUCUGUGAUAGCACUAGGGUCUGUUAACAGCAAAAGUUGGCUAUAAAUGCUUCAUAAACAAUUCAGAAAUUAUUUAUCAGUCAUUUUGAGUGUUUAGUUUCACUGACAUUGAGUUGGCUAAGAGGGCUGUGGAAAGGGUUUGGGUAAAGUUGCAAAAUCACGAAUCACUAAAUACAAUUUUAUUUUCUGAUGGUUACUGAAAUUAUUAUUAUUUUUUUUAAGAUAUAUAACGACAAAUAUAAAUAAUACAAAGAGCAUAGUGGCAAAUAUAUUGUGAAGGCCAAAUUUAUUAGCAGUCUCGACUGCUGUUAUGUAAAGAUACUUUAUUAUUAAAUAUAAUGCCUGAAAUGUAUCACUGUGACUGCAAAGCUACUGUAUUGUAUCAAUGAUCUACUACUUCCCAUAUAUGACUGAAUAAAGAGCUUUAUUUACACUUA